AUGGCGACCUCGAUAAACCCACUCGACCUUUACCACAACCCAGCCCUCGAUUCCUUGGUCUUCCAAGACAACAACCGCGCGAGGCACAAUGGCACAAACCGCCGGUCUAGUGUGGGGAAUGGCAAUAGCAAUGGGAACGGUGAUGGGAGGCGUCCGCUUUCUCAAAACUUGGACACUGGAGGAAUACACCCACCCCCAACUGCGUCUGAGGUGCCUCGUGGGCCUCCCAUCUCCUAUCGAGCGUUAGGUCAGGGUCAGACCGCCGAUUCAGGUCUCCACCGGUCUUUCUCCCAGAGAGCGAGAGGAAGGCCAUUCCAUCAAGAGGCUUUCGCAGACCUCGAAAAUGACUUUGCCCCAGAGAAUGUCACACCCAAGCAACGGAUUGCGUCCGAACCGAUACGGCCAGACGUUGCGCACAAUGUUUCUCGCAAACCGGCGCUCACAGACGGCUUGCGCGUAAAUACUGCCGAUCUCCAAGGCUCCGGCUCCACAAGAAAACCAAGAAGAGAAAACCAGACGGCUCAUGAUCCGCCUUUCAAAGAGCCCAAAUCCGCGCAACAUUCUCGUCGCACCUCUGACACCAUUGGCCGUAUCGAAGAGCCCGUCUCGGCCGUCAGCAGGUCAAGCGCUUUCCGUGACGAAGCUCAGAGGAGGGAUUGGGCUCCAGAUAGGUCUCCGCUGCAGAAACUCGAAGUAACGCUCAAUGAUAUCAGCAAGGAAGAGAAGCGGGCGAGGGUCCAGGAGGCUGAGAUGCUGUUGCGGGAUCGUGAGGCUGGAAAGGCUCGUGGCGUUGUAAGUUCGCCCCAAGAGGAUCCUUCUUCGAGGAAGCCGGCUGCUUCCGCCACACGGUCAAUGUCGAAACGUGACCGCGAUCUUGAGCCGCAAGCCCCGACUUUGGAAGAUGCAGGUCUGGUCCGAAACCUUAGCACAACUCAGCGACAACGUUUACAACAUAGUACAACUGUCGAUAGCCACAGACCCGAUGUACGAAGCUUAUCCGGGGAAGGCCAAGCAGCGUUUGAAUACACAAAAUCCAGUCCUUUACGGCCGUCCCCUACCACCCAACGACGCCAGUCCACCAGAGAGCACCGAAGACAGAAAGAACCCAGUCCAGAUCAAACAGUCAGUGGGCCGUCAGCCGUGCCGGCGGAAGCAGUAUCCAGGCCACAAAGAGACCGGUCUGCAAGGCAGCAUGAAAUCUCACCGACUGGUGUGGAAGACAAACCUCUAGAUGCUUCAACGGCGAAGGCGCCCCAUCGCAUGUCUGAGCCUCAAGCAAUUUUCGUCAACGCCCGAGAUAACUUGUUGCAACACCAAAGGAAUGCAUCGCAUAAGGCUGCAUUGGAAAAACUCACUGGAGUGUCAGCUCCUGUGACAGCCGCCCCAACCGCCUCUCGCAAGCUCCAAAAGCCUCGGUCAGGAGGCGUGGAUGGAAAUGUUACAUCGACCUCCAGAAUACCGAGCAGAAUACCUGUUCCAAGUUCAGUUAUAACCGCACAAUCUGGCCGGCCAGAACACUACAACCAGGUCAAGGCCGGAGCACCGCAAGUCCAGCAGCAGCCACGGACGCCGCCGAUAGGUCUUGGACUCCACUCCGCACCAAUUCCAGGCAGCCCUCAGUCUCCCCCAGCAAAGCCUGUGGAUGUGACACGGCAAAGGCAGAGGAAGUCCAGUGUGUCCUUCAAAGAGCCGCUGAACAAUCGACCCGUGGAUGAAUGGAAAGAGGCCGGAACAGCGAGGCUUACGGCUAUCGAUUUCUCCACGGAGACUGCGGCACCUGCUGAUAGGGGUAAGACAUGGUGGGAACAGCCUGCUACUUCGUCGGGUCGCAGAAGGAGCAGGUCGUCGAAGAUCUCCGAGCAAGCUAAAGUCCCAGACAUUAUCGACGAGAAGACUGCCGAGUUCAAGCCGAAUCUAUAUCUGAGAUGCGGGCCUCUGCUUCGAUACAAGGGUAUGAGAAGGCAGAAGCCUGAUUUGGGGGCGGCCGAGGAGCGUGAAUUCUGGAGAGGAAGUGUUCUGAUCGUGACUCAGAAUUCCGCAUCAUCCUACGAUCCUGCCCCGACUCUGCGACUCUUCUCUCAACCACAGACCCUACUGCCGCCUCCGCCGCACCACGUCACCACCGAUGAGCUCCAACCAGAAUAUGUCGACCCUAUCGCUGGCCUGACUAAGCCGUCUAGAACCGGAAGGACAUUAUACGUUCGACCCGUAGACCACCUGCAAGAAGGCAAAGACCUUUCACAGAUCGAAAACGAUGAUGGUUUGUUCGAGAGCUCGCCCAGCCCACUCGAGCACAGCGGUCCUCACGGUCCCAUUCCGUUUUCCAAUCACCGAACCCUGGACACAGAUGGUGAGAAGGUUGGCAGAUAUCAGGAAGUGGCUGGCGCUAGACUGUAUGCGGAUCCUGACCGUGAUGUGACCUUCUGGCGAUUCAACCUGGAAGUGGAACUCGUUGAUGAGCAGCAACAUAUCGCUUAUCGCAUCAACCGUGGUCCAUCCGUGGGUUUUUGGGUCCCCGCUCGCGGCCAGACCAUGCACAUGAUGUUCCAUACCUGCAACGGUUUCAGCCUGUCUGUCAACCCGGACAACUUCAGCGGGCCGGAUCCGAUGUGGAGAGAUGUCCUCAACACGCAUCAGACACGCCCCUUCCACGUGAUGAUUGGUGGAGGCGAUCAGAUCUACAAUGAUCGUGUAGUGCUGGAAACCCAGCAUUUUGGAGAAUGGACUAGGCUGAGGAAUCCGUCGCACAAGCACCACGCUCCCUUCACGCACGAAAUGAAAGAAGAAUUGGAGAGCUUCUAUCUGAACAGGUAUGCAAUGUGGUUCUCCCAGGGACUGUUCGGUAUGGCAGCCAGCCAGAUCCCAAUGGUCAACAUUUGGGACGAUCAUGACAUUAUCGAUGGAUUCGGUUCCUACCCCAGCCAUUUCAUGGAGACGCCGGUCUUUUCAGGACUCGGCAAUAUUGCGUUCAAAUACUACAUGCUCUUCCAACACCAGAGCGUGGCCGAGGAGACGACCUCGCAUGAACCUAGUUGGGUUCUGGGCCGGCAGCCGGGCCCCUACAUCAAGCAGCCGAGCAGAAGCGUUUUCAUGCACAUGGGCAAGCACGUUGCGUUCUUGGGCUUGGAUUGCCGGACUGAACGGAGACGUAAUGAGGUCUUGAGUCUGGAGACCCUGGAUACAGCUUUGGACCGAUGUCGCAAAGAGCUGGUCGAGGGAGAGACAAAGCACCUCAUUAUAUUGCUUGGCGUCCCGGUGGCUUAUCCUCGUCUAGUCUGGCUAGAGAAUGUGCUGACCAGCCGUCUCAUGGACCCUGUCAAGGCUCUGGGAAGAGCCGGGAUCCUCAAAGGUGGCUUUCUCAACAAGUUCGAUGGUGGUGUAGAGAUACUGGACGAUCUCGAUGACCAUUGGACUUCCACCAACCAUAAACACGAGCGCAACGAGCUGGUCAAGGACCUGCAGGAUCUUGCAGCGGAAAGGUCUUGCCGCAUCACCAUCCUCAGUGGUGACGUCCACCUGGCCGCGAUCGGCCAAUUUCAUUCGAAUCCAAAGCUCAAGAUCCCCAAGGACAAAGAUCAUCGCUACAUGCCGAAUGUGAUAUCCUCGGCCAUUGUGAACAUGCCACCAUCUGAUAUGUUGGCUGAUAUCUUGAACAGACGGAACAAGGUGCAUCACCUGGACCAUUACACCGACGAAAACAUGAUUCCCAUGUUCACCCAUGAUGUCAAUGACAAGAAACGGAACAACAAGCACCUCCUGCCGAGGCGUAACUGGUCGUCUAUACGAGAAUACAUUCCGGGCUCGACGCCCCCUCCUUCGCCUUCACAUUCGUCUCCAGGGAGUCAGGACGAGUUUGACGACGACGAGGAUAUUGAGGCUAACCCUGACCCUCGGCCACGUCGCUUCUCUUUCACCAAGGACGACGCCAAUCCACGAUCGUUAUUUCGUAGAUUAAGCUCAAGAAACGCGCCUCCCACGUCGUACCGUGACACGAUGUACGAUCCAGGCCACUCAGCAUCUUAUGAUGGCGCGACGCAGGUCCAGAACACAUCGGGCUCCCGCCAGUCUUCGGGUGAAUUUCAUGCCGCUCCCAGGCAACGUGCUUCGUCCUUCGACCACACUUCUUCCGGUACCCCUGUGCGACCGACUGGGACGUUUCAGCGUCGCCCCACGAAUCUCUCCGAGAAGGCGGCGAGGAAGGGUAAUGUACCCGCCAUCGACGCCGAGGGUAAUGAGAUCGACGUCAAUGAUCAGGUGAACCUGGAAGGAGGCCUCGACAUUGUGUUGAACGUGGAAGUGGAUCAGAGAGAUCCGUCCGGCAUCACCAUACCCUACAGGCUGCUUGUACCAGCCUUAUGGUACGACGGCAGCUCUGAUCGUGAAAAGCUUGACGAAUCCACCAAAAUCCAGAGGAGGCCAACCCUGUUGAACAGAUUGGUCGGACUUGGGGGCAAGAAGACACAUCAGAAGCCAUCUGCACAGCAAGAGGGUGACUGGGAUCAGGGGGAGAGUGAAGAGGAGGAUGACACCCCGGAUCCGUACGCUCCGAAAGCUGGAGCUGUACCUCCGCGACGGUUCAGCCUUUUCGGCAGUCGCCGGCAAAAGAAGGAAGAAUAUCACAGCGACUAUGAAGAUGACGACGAGGACGAGCCUAAAAACCCUGUUCCCCAAAGUCGAGAACCUCAGCAACGACAGCAGACAGACAACGGUUUCAGUUCCCACUCAGCAAAUCAAUCUAGACACGAUGAUCAUCGGCUCUCACACAACUUGACUGGGCCGUCCAAUCACGACAAGCUGUAUGACACCCAUAACCCGCCACCGUCAAGUCAUAGUCUGGGGCCUGCGUCUCAUCCAAGUACUCGUCGCUCUUUAACAAUCUCGGGCCGCGGGUCACGGCCGAAUCGUGCUGAGGAAUCAAAUAACGACGUGAAUGUAAACUAUGCAGGUCCACAGCCGGUCGGAGCUCAGCCUCCUGUGUCCAUGCCGCCAACGGCAACCACGACCAACGCUUAUGCAGGCGGGAACUUUCCCCAGCGGCGCCUCAGCAAGCAGGAACGUAUCCUGGGCAUCAACCCUAGCGAUCCGCAACCUAUGGCGCCACCACAGCAGUUGAGAGGCAAUGGCAUCAUUGGCAAGGAUUUCAGGCAGACGUAUGAUCCACCAGUACCCCAUAGCAGUUCCCAGCCACGCGGGUAUACGGGCGUGGAAGCUUACAAGGAGCCCAGAGCACGACCGACCUUCAGUCUCAGAAAGGCACGGGACUGGUUUGAUGGCAGGCCACGAGAAGAGGAGUAUUACGACUAG